CUAUCGGCAGCCUAUCUGCGGCCAGCGCACAUUUUCUGUUGGCUUAUUGAAUAACAAAGUUGGGGCAAAUUAUUAAUUAAAAUUACAAAAAUACACACAAUGAAUAGCAUUGGCGACGACUGCAACGAGCUAAAGAAACAAUACGAUGCAUGCUUCAACAACUGGUUCUCCGAACGCUUUCUAAAAGGACAAACAGACGACUCCGUGUGUGCGCCCAUUUUCAAGGUCUAUCAGGAGUGUGUAAAGCGUGCAAUACGUGAGCAGAAAAUCGAAUUGCGCGAAGUCGAAACGGAUUACACCACGACAACUGAGUACGACAACAAUAAUAAUGGAAGUGGAAGCGGCAGCAAGCCGAGCAAAAGUUGACCGCCAUCGUUCAGUUUAUAGCCAAGUAUUACUGCAUCGAUCACAACAAGCGAGCCUCAGAUUUGUAUUAGCGUUGAGCAGCAGCAGGUUGGGAACGAGGAUUCAUUCCAUCAUCAACAGCAGCAGCGUCGUCGGCACAAGCAACGAAGCGACUCUGCUACAAUCUAAAAAAUAUGUAGAACCAAAGGUCAGAAUGAGUUGCCACAAAAUGUGUAAUAGAAAUAGAAAUUUAUUGUUAAGUUGAAACAUUGUUACGGUCAAAGUUUUGUAUAUACAUAUAUUGUAGUAAAUGUUUUUGAUUAAUAGACGACAAUAAUAAAAAAAAAUACUU